UUUCAUCUCCUCCUCUGUGGAGGAAUGUAGAGAGAAAGAGUACCACUUUUCUCUCGUUGGUGAAAUUUUUCUUCCUCUUUCCCCUUCUAAAAUCCUUUGCUUUCGUGCUGUUCUGUCCUCCAUUCCUUUCUUGAUUCCUUUUUUUUUUCUCUCUCUCUCUCUAUCUCUUUCUCGCUCUUCUUCUCUUUCUCUUUCUCUUUCUAUAAUAUAUUGUUUUGUGAGCCACAUGCAUCACCUGUAGGGCCUGUCGCUUCUGAAUCACAGAUCAGAGGCUCCCGCUGUUCCAUCCCUUCCUCAAGUAGGGAGGUGGGUUUUCUCUGAGAAACUCCCCCUUCGGAGCAAGAUUUGCUUGAAUUCGGCUGCUGGGUGGGCUCAAAAUCGGAUCUUUGUUCUUGGAUUUUCGCCGGUUUUCCGCCUCUGGGCACCGGCGAUUCCAAACCCGGUUCUUGGCGUCGAGUUUGAUGUGUCUUUCCGUGGGAAGUUCGGUUCCUGGGGAAAUGAGUAUUGGGUUCUUGCUGUAAUUGUGGUAAAGUUUCGAUUUUGAUGCUUUUGGUGUUCGUCCGAUGGCCGGAAUUGAUGCUUCGAAGUAUACCCACAGCCCCAUCCACCAGGCGGUGCUUGCCAGGGACUACGCCGGCCUGAAGAGAAUACUUGCUUCGGUGCCACGGCUCGCCGACCCUUCGGAGAUUUGGACGGAGGCGUCGUCGCUCGCCGAGGAGGAGAAGGCCGACCAAAUCUCGGCGGUGAUCGACCGGCGCGACGUCCCAAAUCGAGAGACGCCGCUCCACCUGGCCGUCAAGCUUGGGGAUGCCACUGCCACCGAGAUGCUCAUGGUGGCCGGCGCUGAUUGGAGCCUCCAGAAUGAGCAGGGGUGGAGUGCUCUCCAGGAGGCAAUUUGCACCCGGGAGGUGAAUCUUGCCAAGAUAAUAGUCCGGCACUACCAGCCUCUAGCUUGGGCCAAGUGGUGCCGGAGGCUGCCCCGAGUCGUGGCGACGAUGAAGAGGAUGAGGGACUUCUACAUGGAGAUCACCUUCCACUUCGAGAGCUCGGUUAUCCCUUUUAUAUCCCGAAUUGCGCCCUCUGAUACCUACAAGAUUUGGAAGAGGGGUUCCAGUCUUCGGGCCGACAUGACGCUGGCCGGUUUCGAUGGUUUUCGGAUUCAGCGGUCUGACCAGAGCGUUCUGUUCCUCGGGGAAGGGUCUGAGGAUGGGAAGGUGCCACCAGGAUCACUGUGCAUGAUUUCUCACAAGGAUAAGGAGGUGAUGAAUGCUUUGGAUGGCGCUGGGACUCCGGCCAGCGAGUCGGAGAUCCAGCAAGAAGUGUCGGCGAUGUCCCAAACAAACAUUUUUCGGCCAGGAAUUGAUGUGACUCAGGCUGUGCUGCUCCCACAGUUGACAUGGAGGAGGCAGGAGAGGACAGAGAUGGUAGGCCCCUGGAAGGCCAAGGUGUAUGACAUGCAUCAUGUGGUGGUUAGUGUGAAGUCUCGGCGGGUCCCCGGUGCUAUGACGGAUGAGGAGUUCUUUUCUUCUUGCAAUGAGAAUGAUGCUGAGAGUGAAGAAUUUGAGGACAUCCUCACAGAGGAGGAGAGGAAGCAAUUGGAAAAUGCACUUAAGAUGGAAUCCCCAGAUAUGAUUGAAGAAAGUCGGUCUGAUGGGUUCAUUGCGCACCGGCAUAGUUGCUAUGAGCAAAGGGAGAUUCCGAUUGAAGACAUGAGUAGCUGCAGUAACAGUGAGAGUAAGCAAGAGAAAAAGGGUUGGUUUGGUGGUUGGGGAAAGAGGGGUCAGACUCACAAGCAAGAAGGGCAGAAGUUUGUGCCGCCAAGGAGCUCACUUUGUGUGGAUGAGAAGGUAAGUGAUCUCCUUGGUGAUUCUCCUUCUAGGUGUCAAGGCAGGCCGGGAAGACAUUCGGUGGAGGUUGAUCUUAGGAGAGGAAGGGAUAGAGAUUCAAAAAAAUAUGUUGCUAGUUUAGAAAAUGGACAUCGGCAUAAAGAGAUUAGCAAGGAGAGUGAGUAUAAGAAGGGUUUAAGGCCUGUUCUCUGGCUUUCUCCUAACUUUCCUCUUCGGACUGAAGAGCUGCUACCAUUGCUUGAUAUUCUUGCAAACAAGGUCAAGGCAAUCCGUCGUCUAAGGGACCUACUUACAACCAAGCUUCCUCCUGGAACUUUCCCAGUCAGGGUGGCAAUUCCAGUCAUACCUACCAUCCGGGUGCUGGUUACAUUCACAAAGUUUGAAGAGUUACAACCCUUGGAAGAGUUUGAAACCCCUCCUUCAAGCCCUGAAAGCAAGAUCCCUGCAGCACCAUCAUCAAGCUCCUGGAUUCAGUGGAUAAAGGCACCUUACCGUCAGUCCUACUCCACAACAUCAGGACCAAGCAGCCGUGUGGAAGAUAUCCAGGAUCCUUUUGUGAUACCACCUGAUUACACUUGGACGACUCCAGAGGCGAAGAAAAAGAAGAUGCAGGAAAGCAAGAGCAAGUCCAAGAAAGUAAAAGGUCACAACCAAUGAAACCUUAGGGAGGAGAAGAUGUACAUUGAGAAACAUGUGCAGUGAUGGAUGCUACUACCCAUGACCGGUUGCCGGAGCUUCACAAGGCUAUUUCGGUAAAAGAUGACUUAUUAUGCCCAACUGGGAUUGCAAGCUUGGGCUGAACUUAAUGGGAAGUAAAUUUAAGAAACCUUCAGGAAUGGUGAUCCAAAACCUCAGGAACCACUUGUAACCAAAUUCAAUGUGUUUAAAAUUUGUUGGAACAUUCUUUCUUGUGCCAAGUAUUGGUACACAUGCAUGCUGCUAUUUUCAAGGACUAAAAAGCCUAAAUUAACAGGUGUAAUUAUGUCUUUCUUUUUCC